CAAGGAAAGGACAAAAACAAAAUCCCUAAAUUGAAGCAUGUCUUUUAUAAACCUCAUGCCAGAUUGUUAAAAUUUUUCACAAUUGUUGGUUUACUUAUGAUAAUUUUUACAAAUAAAGUUUGUACUAGUGAUUUACGUAAGUUUACAAAAUGGGCAAAGCGAAAAAAAAUCGUAAAGGAGCAAAAGGAGACGACAGCGAGUCUGAACCUGAGGUAGAAACUCAAGAAUCAACGGACAAAGCAAACAAAAAAAAAUCUAAAACCUCUAAUAAGUCAAAGCAAAUUCAGAGUGACAGUGAUGGUGAAGUGGCAAAAAAACCAGCCCCAAAACCGAAAAAAGAAAAGAAAACCGAGUUAUCUGAUGACUCAGAUGAUGACCCAGUGCCAACUACAAAAGUCCAGAAAUCAUUUGCUCUUCUGCAGGUAGAAGAUAGUGGAUCAGAGGAUCAUCCAACUAACGAUGGUGAUAGUGAUAGUGAUGUUAAGGCUGUUAAAAAAGACACAAAAAAGAAAUCAAAUAAAAGCAGUGACGAAAACAGGACUAAAGAACCUAAAAAGGGAAAAAAAGCAAGAAGAAAACGCGACGAUAGUGACGAGGAUAUUGAAAAAGUAUUAGCGGAACUAGAAUUAGAGUAUUCAGGAGUGAAGAAAGAAGAGACACCUAAAACCGAGCCAGAGAAACCGCCAGAAGAGAAGACGUCGAAAAAGAAGCAAAAUGACAAAGAAAAAUCGGUUGAACCGUCAGAAGAAAAGGGAGAAACUGAAGAAGUGACAAGUACCGUGAAAACGGCGGCGCAGAAGAAGAAAGAGAAGAAAGAACGGGAAAAGUUGAAGAAAAUGGCAAAGAAAGAAGAAGUGAAGAAGCAAGAUAGCGUUGAAGUGGAGGAGCAGAAACCUGACGAAACUGCCACUGAACCAACUGAAGAAGAUGGCGAGAAGGAGAGUAAAAAGAAAAAGAAAAAGGGUGUAAAAGAAGAAAAAGAAGCAAAGGAGCCUAAAAAAGGUCCCGGCAAGAAAACUAUAGCGGCAAUGCAGGAGGCUUUGAAGAAACUUAAGGAAGAAGAAGAGAAAUUGAAACGUGAAGAAGAAGAAAGAAUUAAAAGGGAAGAAGAAGCGGAAAAAGCUCGUUUAGAAGCAUUGCGACUCGAGCAAGAACGUAAAGAAAAGAAGAAACAGAAAGAAAAAGAACGUAAAGAAAGACUGAAAGCCGAAGGCAAACUUUUGACAGCUAAGCAAAAAGCUGAUAGGGCAAGAGCUCAGGCACUUAUUGAUAGUUUGAAGGCUCAAGGAGUCGAAUUACCUGAUGUUGGAGUGAAAAAACCCAGACCUGGCACAAGAAUCAAGCCUUCCAAACCUAAAAAGGAACAAAAUGAGGUUACCAAACCGGAAGAAGAAGAAGUAAAACCAGUUGAAGAAACGGUUUCGGCUGUGGAACCGGAAGGUCCAAAAGAAGAACCACAGAAAGAACCGGAACCCGAGGAUGAUGUCAAAGACGCAUGGGAUGCUUCUUCGGAUGACGAAGAAUCAGAAGAAGUUACACCGACGGCGAAUAAUAAUGUUGCGAAAGUGGAAGAUAAGAAGGAAGCUGAGGCAGAGGAAGAAAGUUCAGAGGAAGAAUCGGAGUCGGGGAGUGAAGAAUCUGAAGAUGAAGACGACGAUGAUGAAGAAGAGGAAGAGGAUGGGAAAACGGCAGCGGAAAGGGCAAGAGACCGUGCAUUGGAGCGAAUUAAAGCGAGGAAAGAGGCGGCCGAAAAAGCAAAAACUUUGGAUAAUUUACGAGCGGCAAUUGUGUGUGUUUUGGGUCAUGUUGAUACUGGCAAAACAAAAAUUUUGGAUAAGUUGAGACGGACUAAUGUUCAAGAUGGCGAAGCGGGGGGAAUUACUCAACAGAUCGGUGCUACAAAUGUUCCUAUAGACGCAAUAAAAGAGCAAAUCAGAAUUGUCAAAGGCGCCAGCGACAUGGAUUUGAAAAUUCCGGGUCUCCUGAUUAUUGACACUCCCGGUCACGAGUCUUUUAGUAAUUUGCGAAGUCGUGGCUCAUCUCUCUGCGAUAUCGCAAUUCUAGUCGUUGAUAUAAUGCACGGUUUAGAGCCCCAAACUAUCGAGUCGAUAAAUUUACUCAAAAGUAAGAAAACUCCUUUCAUUGUGGCUCUCAACAAAAUCGAUCGUUUAUACGACUGGCAAACGAUGAAUCGCAAAGACGUCCGUGAUAUAAUCAAGACUCAAGCCUCCAACACUCAACUCGAAUUUGAACAAAGAACAAAAGAAGUAAUCGUGCAGUUCGCAGAGCAGGGCUUAAAUGCGGCUCUCUUUUACGAAAAUCCGGACGUUAGGAGUUACGUGUCUCUAGUACCGACCAGUGCAAUAACAGGUGAAGGAAUGGGAAAUUUAUUGGCUCUCAUAGUGGAAUUUUGCCAAACGAAACUCCCGAAAAGACUCAUGUAUUCGGACGAGUUGCAAGCCACGGUUUUGGAAGUAAAGGCGAUUCCAGGGUUGGGCACAACCAUUGAUGUUAUUCUAGUCAAUGGUACAUUACGCGAGGGUGACACUAUGGUGUGUGCUGGCACAGAUGGGCCUAUAGUGACCCAAAUCCGGUCUUUACUCAUGCCUCAGCCCUUACGAGAGUUGAGGGUCAAAAAUGCUUACGUUGAAUAUAAAGAGGUUAAGGCGGCUCAAGGCGUGAAAAUCGCCGCUAAAGAAUUAGAAAAGGCCAUCGCCGGUUUGAAUCUCUUCGUUGCGCAUAAGUCGGACGAAGUUGAUAUUGUGAAAGAGGAAGUUUCGCGCGAGUUGAAGUCUGCGCUGUCUAAUAUCAAAUUGCAGGAAAGGGGAGUUUAUGUUCAAGCAUCAACUUUGGGGUCUUUAGAGGCACUUUUAGAGUUCUUACGGACGAGUAAGAUUCCGUAUAGCGGCAUCCGUAUCGGCCCUGUGGUCAAAAAAGACGUGAUGAAAGCCUCCAUCAUGUUGGAGCACGAAAGCCAAUACGCUACCAUUUUGGCGUUCGACGUGCGUGUCGAGCGUGAUGCUCAAGAACUCGCUGAUUCGCUCGGCGUAAAAAUUUUCCAAGCCGACAUUAUUUACCAUCUCUUCGAUAAAUUUAUGGCCUAUCGUGAAGAAUUGAAACAGAAAAAACGCGAAGAGUUUAAACACAUUGCCGUUUUUCCAUGUAAAUUGAAAAUUUUGCCUCAGUUUGUAUUCAAUUCGCGCGAUCCCAUCGUUGUGGGGGUUAUGGUCGAGGCGGGGAUCGUCAAAGAGGGCACUCCCAUAUGUGUUCCGAGCAAAGAGUUUGUGGAUUUAGGGGUUGUUACUAGCAUUGAAGUAAAUCACAAGACGGUCGAGACUGCUCGAAAAGGACAAGAAGUUUGCAUCAAAAUCGAACCAGUGCCAGGGGAAGCCCCGAAAAUGGUGGGCCGCCAUUUUGAAGUAACUGAUAUGCUCGUCAGCAAGAUAUCACGACAAAGUAUUGACGCCUGUAAGGACUAUUUCCGAGACGAUUUGGUGAAAACCGAUUGGCAAUUGAUGGUAGAACUGAAAAAACUCUUCCAAAUUUUGUAACAAUUAGAGAUUUCUGUCAAUCCUGCUUCUUAUAUGCUUGGUUUUAUUAGCACCGCUGUGUUUUUUUUUGCGCAUGAAAAAAACAUGGAAUAUUUUUAACCCGGCAUUGUGUUUUAUUCAAAAAUCAUAUCUAAGUUACAAUUCGUUGUGGGUUUUUUCUUUAUAUGCAUAUAAAUUGGUUAAAAUGAAUGUAUAUUUAUGAUAUAAUAAAUGAGAUAC